AAAGCAGUCGCUAAAAACUACACUUAAUUUUGUAAUCGAAUUGUAUGUAGAACCGUUUCCGUUUUUGAAAUCGUUUUCGAUUGAUUCUAUUUUUGAUCAUUUUCUCUUCUCGCCUGCGUAUCUUCGACGAGGUUGUUUAUCUGUAGUAAGGGGAUCUUGAAACCGCACCCUUGCCCCAUUUCCUCGGUUGUUUUCCUUCUUUCGCCAGGAUUCUCCAUGUUGUUGGAGCAAAAGUGGGGUCUCCGCAGCGACAGGAAAGGGCUGUUCAGAAAUAUACAAGCGAUAAAGUAAGCCUACAACAGCAGGGAGAUUGCAAAUAAGAAAAAAUAUCAAAGUGCCUUGCCCCUCCCAAAUGAGAGAGAAGACGCGAGGAAUAAGAAAACAUUGUAACUGAUUAAUUGUAAUAUCAUCCUGAUUGUUACAUAGCCGGAUGACAGUUAUCAGGACAGUAUUUUAGUCACUUACCAAUAGAACCUAAUGAAGGCUCCUUAUCAGUGUUUGGGGAACGGAUUGGAUUUUGAGGGCUCGGUGCUUGUCAGAUGGAAAGUUCUAUUAUCACUCAAGUGCAGAAAGAAGACGUUCAAUUGUCAUCGAAAGCAGGCCAGGUGAGCAGGACCUCGUUGAAACAGCCGAGAAGCUGUAACGUCUUCAAAUCUUUUUUCUGCUGCCUCCGAGCUCAGGAUGGCCACAAACGUCCACCACCUUCCCACGAUGCUUUGCUCGAGUCGCAGGACAAUGGGACAGUUGUCAAGCUGUCAGAGCCCAGCCUACUGCCCGAGGUGACAGCCCAGGACCAGGGCAAGAUUUGUGUGGUCAUAGACCUGGACGAGACUCUGGUGCACAGCUCCUUCAAGCCUAUUAGUAAUGCCGAUUUUAUUGUUCCUGUGGAGAUUGAGGGGACCACACACCAGGUGUACGUGCUAAAGAGGCCAUAUGUGGACGAGUUCCUUCAGAGAAUGGGAGAGCUGUUUGAGUGUGUGCUGUUCACUGCCAGCCUGGCCAAGUAUGCCGACCCAGUGACGGACCUGUUAGACCAGUGUGGGGUAUUCCGUACCCGGUUAUUCCGGGAAUCCUGUGUCUUCCAUCAGGGCUGCUAUGUCAAAGACCUGAGCAGGCUGGGAAGAGAGCUCCACAAGACCCUCAUACUGGACAACUCCCCUGCUUCUUAUAUCUUCCACCCGGAGAAUGCUGUCCCUGUGGUGUCGUGGUUUGAUGAUGUGGAGGACGCUGAGCUGCUCCACCUCCUGCCUGUGUUUGAGGACCUAAGUCAGGCGGAAGACGUGUACACCAGACUGGACCAGCUACGGGGUCCAUAGUCUAUCAACUUACCUCCUGCUCCACAGCCUCUGAAACCCUGAACCCUUUACUGCCAGCCAUUUUCUUCCUCAUAACUUGCCCACAAUCAGACUGUUGUUGCCUAGUUGUUCAAGGCAAAACUUGCAAGUUCUCUCUCUUCAUUUAGUUUUUUUUUUUAUGUGUUCUAUGGUCAAAUGCAUAUCUACAGUUCCCAGGAUACUACUAUGUGCACAUCUUUUGUAACAUGUAAUGUGAUAUGACCAUAGGAUGCAUCCUUGGAGUGUUCUGAUAGGCUUAUUGCUAUCUGGCAGAUUUCUGCUCUGCUGCUUUCUGCCAGCCUUGAGUGAGAACAGUCACAGUAGAAACCCACAGUAGUCACUCCAGUAAACAUGAGUAAUAAAGUGGUUAUUUUUGCCAAAGCAGAAGCCUGCCAGCCCUGACGUGACCUCAGGACAAUGUUGUGUUGUUGUGCCUUUAUGGAACAAAACAAAAAGAACAGUCUGCUUAUUUCUUUUCUCCAAAAGUUAGUUUUUAUAAGGGAUUUUUGAUUUGAUUUGUCUAACCUGAAUCCCCACUAUGCAAUCUACAUUUGUAAUCAUGGAAUAUAGUGCUACUUGUUACGGGUCCCAACAUGAUUUAUCCUUACUGUUCCAUACAUCAUUUAGGCAAGCAGUUGGUAUAGGACCGGAGUUAGUUUAAGCAGGUUUUUAGGACCAAACUCUUCAACUUGAAUUAUUUUACUGUCUCGAAUGCAGACACACUGGAGAGCAUUGGCAGCUCAUUGCAAAUUAUUAUUAUUGGCUACAUGUGACAUUUGUACUUUAAGGCCCAUUUGAAUUCUGUAUUUAUUUAACCAAAUGCAAAACUUGCACUUGUUGUUUUUUAGACUUUGCCAGAAGUAACAACUGUGCCUUUCCAAUUCUGACAGAGAAAUUGGGUUCUUCUUUAUAUAGAAAUGCUCAUUCUCUGCCAUGCUGAAUGUGGUUGAAUACUGUAAAGAAAAACACAUAUAUUGUGCUUAGGAUGUAGCACUCAUGAUUCAAAUGUGUGUAGUUAUCCCAUUGUCAUUUGGAUAGUACAGUUUAAUACAAUACAAAAGUUUGUCAUAAAAGACUAUUAUUUGUAUUGUGAAGUGUAAAACCCUCCCAGCCAGGUGCCAUUGUGCUAUUUAAACCAAGUAAUCUACCCCACAGAUUUUGUUUGUGUGCCUUCUGCCUAUUCCAGAGUUGGUUUUUGGACCAAACACAGUGCCAAAACACAGAGCUGGUACCAAUGAUGUAGACUGACAAUUGCAGUUGAGUGGUGUCCAGUAAAGCAAUAAUCUUAUCCAUGAUACUGUAUGUAAGAUUAGGACAUGACACCACCCACUUGUUUGUUGUUUGUUUAAUACAAAAUACAAUUCUGAAGGCUUGAAUGGUUAUAUAGUAUGGGAACAAUCAAGUUUGGUUUUUGAUGUCUUGUAAUUUGUUUUACUGUAUGUAUUACCACUAAAGAUGUCAAUGAACGCUGUGAGAAACCAAAGCUAUCUGGUUAUAUAAUAUUUCAGUUAAUUUGAUUAACUCGUUCAUGACACAGUGUUCCUUUUGGUUUUGUCUUAUGAAAGUCCACUAACAUUGUUCAAUGUGAGAGGGUACUUCUUGUUUAAGUGUUUAUCAGAACAGAUGUAAUUGCAUAUAAACAGAUUUUGCCACAAUAAAAGCUUAUAUUUUCCGGUC